GUCUCCAUGAGAGCUGACUCUGCGUGGGCGCGGCCCAGAGAGAAAACGCAGCUCUCAUGCUUGUCUGACGGCGAGAUGUGUCUCUCGCACAAGGAACACUUACGGAACAACAUCUUGAAAAAGACGUGAACACGAUACUCUACACCUGCCGACGCGCUGCGGAGAAUCAGGAUGCUGAGGUCCGUUCACCAGCGAAGCGUCAAGCGGCGAGGCGGAGUGAUGUUCUCCGGAGCACUGCAGGGGAGCGGAGAGUCUUCUCGCUGCCGUGAAGAUUCCGUCCGCUGACUAUUGUGAAUCGACGGCGAAGGUAGAGGGCUUCGAGACAAGAGGAACAGGAAUAACUCCAGGUGUUUCAACUGAGAUCUGCGGGAUAAAACAUUGUAAAAUGAUGUUUAUUAAAGAAGAGAGUGAGGACAUGAAUUAUCCAGAAUCAUGCAGUUCAAAUGUCAUGAAAAAUGAAGAUACUGAGAAACAAAGAGAUCUGAUGGAUGUAAAAGAGGAAAAUCAAGAACUGAAUGAAGUGAAGGAGGAGAAACACCAUCUGGAUCAGACACUUCAUUGUUUAAAAUCGGAACAAAAUCCUUUUAGUGACUCACAGACUGAACAUUUCUCAAAAAAGAGAACUAAAAGAAUAAGAGUAAAACAUUCUUUCACCUGCCAUCUGUGUGGAAAGACUUUUAAACGAAAAGAAACACUUACUAAUCACAUGAGAAGUCACACUGGAGAAAAGCGUUUCAAAUGGCGUCAUUGUGGGAAUACUUUCACACGUAAAGGAAAUCUUAGUAAACACAUGAGAAUUCACACUGGAGAGAAGCCUUUCACCUGCCAUCAGUGUGGAAAGAGUUUCAAAUGUAAAGAAAAUCUUACUAAUCACAUGAGAAUUCACACUGGAGAGAAGCCUUUCACCUGCCAUCAGUGUGGAAAGAGUUUCAUACAGAAAAGUAACCUUCAGAGUCACAUAAGAACUCACACUGGAGAGAAGCCUUUCUCUUGCCAUCAGUGUGGGAAUACAUUUACUCGUAAAGGAAGUCUUGAUAAGCACAUGAGAAUUCAAACUGGAGAGAAGCCUUUCAAAUGUCUUCAGUGUGGGAAGAGUUUCAUACAGACAUGUAAGCUCAAGAAACAUCUGUCUGUGCACUCUGGAGUAAAGUCAUAUAGCUGUGAUCAGUGCGGCAAAACAUUUUCUUCAGCAUCAGUCUUGAGAACAAACUGGACCAUUCAUCCAAAUGGGAAGCCUUACUUGUGUUCACUUUGUGGGAAAAGGUUUUCAUCGGUGCAGUGUUUAAAAGUCCACCAGAGAAGACAUGCCAGUGUGACAGAUCAUGUGUGCUCUGAGUGUGGUAAAGCCUUUUACAGAGCUUGUGAAUUGGAACGUCACAAAAAAAUCCAUACUGGGGAUAAACCUUACAAGUGUUCACAAUGUGAAAAGAGUUUCACUAGUUCAGGAAACCUGACAAAACAUGAGAUGGUGCAUACUGGAGAGAGGCCGUACCACUGCAAAUCAUGUGGGAAGAGUUUCACUACAUCAGGAAACCUGAAAUUACAUGAGCGUGUACAUACUGGAGAGAAACCAUACCACUGCACUUCAUGUGGGAAGAGUUUCAGCCAAUCAAGUAAUCUACUGACUCAUAGAAAAAAUCAUUGCCCUGGGUUGUCACCAUGAGAAAAGUUUUUGCAUGAGGAUGCGCAUGCAAAAUGUUUAGAAAUUUAGAUGAAAUUUCUCUCAAAACAAUAACAAUUAUAGCUUCAAUAAGAUAUUAUGGGGCCAAGCACACCAAUGGUAUGUAAGGAAGGAUGAACUGCCAUUACUGAUUAUGGUUUUUAACUUUUGACCAAUAAGUGGCACUGUCACCAAAUUUACAUGGUGCAGUCAUGUUGUGGUGACAAUGACACACAUAGUUUGGUGUCAGGCGUUGCCGAGAUAAAGCCUCAGAUCAUUUUUGGCAUCUUGCCAUCUCUGCAAAUUGUAUGUGAAUCAGAUGGACAGCCUGGGAGGAGUUUGAAAAAGUAGGUAUUCAGUUACAUUAAAAAUGGCAUUUUUGGCAAAAUAUUUGACCGUGGCAAAUUGGGAGUCAUCGUGCACAACAUGACCCAAGGAAGCAUUAAUUAACAUCUCAUUAAAUCUUUUAACCACAAGGUGGUGCUGAACUUAAACUUUGUAGGUAUCCUCAGGACAUGGUGCUGAUGAUGCAUAUCAAGUUUCGUAACGAUAUGCCAAUGCGACUGUAAAAUAUAGCUUUUUGCGACAAAAUUCAAAAUGGUCGACACCCAAUAUGGCGACAUAUGAAAAUUUGGUAUCAUCGGAAUCUGUAUCCUCCCACUGAAUCUAAUGAGAUCUUAUGAUUUUAGGCCAAAGUAUUUAGCUGUUAUAUGCAAAAUAGCUAUUUUUCUUUUUUCUUGGCCAGUAGGAGGUGCUGUGCCAAAACUGUGCAGGUACUCUCAAGUCAUGAUGUCGAUGACAUAUUCCAAGUUCCCUUUUGACUCAGUUAACUUGACAUUGCGUAUUAACGCAUAUGGGGAGUGCCUUCAUACUCAAACUAUUUGAAGCCUCUCUAUAAUAACGCCAAUAUUUAAAUAUUGGCUAUGUUGUUUGAGCCCAGCCUGUUUUGGCGCGAAACUGACUGCUAUAAAAACAGGUGCACAGACAUCAUUUCCUCAGAAUUUCUUCCUUCAAGACAGUGAUCAUCUCUUGUCUCGAAACCCUCUACCUUUAGCCGUCAACACACACGAGCCAGCAGACGGAAUCUUCACGGCAGCGAGAAGACUCUCCGGUCCCCUGCAGUGUUCCGGCGAACAUCUCUCCGCCUUGCCUCUUGAUGCUUCGCUGGUGAACGGACCUCAGCAUUCUGAUUCUCCGCAGCAAGUUGGCAGGUGUAGAGUGUCCUUUUAAAAAAUAUAUAUUUUUGUGAGUCAGAGUCAGCUGUCAUGGAGACAGACUGUCCUCACUGUGAGGACAUAAGUCUCAAGUUGCUUCGCUCACGAAUCGUCCUCGUUCUGAGGAACGAUUUAGCCUCUCGCGCCCUCCCACCCGCCUGUUCUGUGAUACCCGAGGGUUCACACGAGGAGAAAUGGCGGGGCUGAGAGGUCGAGCAGGAUGAAUUUAAGGUGGAUUUCAUGCCGGCACAUGCCCCAUGAGCCCCUCAAUCUCCCCGAAGUGUACCCAGUACAGUGUACCCAGUACACUAUGUGCGAGACAAGCUCUGGCCCUCUGAAGGUGCGUGCGGCUUCGUCUCGCUUGGUUGUUCUGAUGCUGGGGAUGAUGAUGAUGUCAUGUCUCUCGCCGCAUCAGGCGAAUGGUCAGUGGAUGAUGCUACCGCCCCUCCCGCCAGCGAGGGUGAGGACCGUGUAAGCGCCACCGACAGGGAGAUGCUUCGCAUCCUUACAAGGGUGGUCAAAGAACUCAACCUCGAUUGGUCUCCCACAGAGGAACCCGGGCAUUCUCACCUUGACGAGUGGUUCUUGCAGUCCGGAUGCCUUCAAGGGACUGCGUCCCGCAGAUCUACCCUGUUUUUCCCCAAAGUGCACAGCGAACUUUCUAAGUCCUGGCACGCGCCCUUCUCAUCGCGCACGCGCAGUGACACCGUUCUCACGAACGUGAACCACGGGGAAAAGAAUGGCUAUACCCAACUACCCUCUGAGGGGGAGGCGGUAGUGGCACAUCUCUGUUCUAUGAGUUACAGGGCGUGGAAAUCAAGCCCUGUACAUCCUUCUAAGCCGUGUAGACGGACGUCCACACUGGCAGGAAAAGCCUACUCGACAGCAGGACAAGCUGGAUCAGCACUCCACACAAUGGCAGUGCUACAGGUAUUCCAAGCAAAGCUCCUCAGACAAAUGGACGAGCAAGGCUUUGAUCCAGAGACUUUCAAAGAGCUACGGGCAGCUACAGACCUAGCGCUGCGUGCCACGAAAGUCAUGGCGCAGGCCAUCCGCAAGUCCUUGGGCAACCUGGUCGUCCUGGAGUGGCAUUUAUGGCUGACCCUCACGGAGAUGAGUGACAGAGAAAAUACCUCUCUGUUGAUUGCUCCAGUGUCUCUAGCCGGCCUCUUUGGCGGUGCAGUGAGUAAGUUUGCUGAGUGUCUUGUGACUGCUGCUGAGUCACAACUCAGCAGCAGUCACAAGACGCUUUAUUCCCAAAUGGAGCAUAACGCAGACGGCUCACCUGCCCGGCUCCGGACGGGCGCAUCACUUUGAAGCAGAAAAUGGAGCCUGUGGUUCCCUCCGGUGCUCACAAUGUUUUGAAAAAUUUUGUUUCUGUGUUCUAUGCAAUAAAAAAUGUUUUUCAAAAUGCAAUAAAUAAUACAGCACUUGUUGAAAAUGCACAAGAUGCUCAUACAUUCUCAAAUAAGAGCCCUUUUCCUCUUCAAAGCACACACAUUAUGUGCAAACGCUUCCCUAUGAUGAGCGGUGCAUUAUAUCAUAAGGUGAGCAAACCAAAUUGCCACGUCCCAUUACGCGGACGCAUGGCGAGCCCUAACAGGCAUUUCAGAAUGGGUGCAAACAUGGUUAUACGAUCCAAUUUGCACACCGACCACCCCAUUUUCAUGCCGUUCUGUCUUCCACGGUUUCAUCCGAAGGCGCGCCCCUGUUACGAGCCGAAAUGCACAACCUCAUUGUGAAAAACAUGAUAGAGAUUGUGCUAAAUUGUCAAGCACAAAAAGGGUUUUACUGGCAUUCAUUUCUUGUCCCAAAGAAAAAUGGCAGACUUCGACCAAUCCUGGACCGAGCGGGCGCGUGCACCUCACGAGCGUGUGCAUUCAGGCCAUUCUACAGUGUCUGUCUCAUUUAAACUGGGGACAACACUUCCACUGAAGCUGUUUCAGAAAGCAUUGGGACUUAUGGCGGCGACAUCAGCCGUCAUCCCAUUAGGUCUCUUACACAUGAGACCUCUUCAGUGCUGGCUGAAGCGCCAUGUGCUACAACAUGCUUGGUGCCAAGGUCGCAUCACUAUAUCCCACCGCUGUAUAUCUCCAUAGCAUGGACAGCUCCUGCAUUUUACCAGCGAGAUGUCACGCUGGGGCAAAUUAUCAGGUGGAAAGUGGUGACUACGGAUGCUUCCAACAUAGGUUGGAGGUCAGUGUGCGAUGGGCGCCUGACUUUCGGCACCUGGACAGGUCUGAGGAGGGUGUGGCAUAUCAACCGCCUAGAGCUAUUGGCUGUAAUUCUAGCCUUGAAGGAUUUUCAGUCAGAAAUAGUGAACUGUCAUGUCCUAGUUCGCUCAGACAACAUGACUGUGUUGUGGCAUAUAUAAACCGCCAUGGUGGAAUUCAUUCACCACCACUGUUGAGACUGACGCAGCACCUCCUCCUAUGGAGCGAGUGUCAUGUCCUCUCCCUGAGAGCGACAUAUGUCCCAGGCUGCCUGAAUUAUGGUGCGGACCUACUGUCAUGCCAAGGGGUGAUUCCGGGCGAUUGGAGACUCAUACGGUGUUGAGGAUUUGGGAAAUAUUCAGCAAAGCAGAAAUUGAUCUAUUUGCCUCAGUGGAGAAUACCCACUGGCCCCUUUGGUAUUCGAAGUCCCAAGCCCUGUUGGGAAUGGAUGCAAUGGCACACAAAUGGCCAGCGAAACGUGAAUAUGCAUAUCCUCUGAUAUACCUGAUCCACUCCAUCAUAUACAAAGUCAGAGAGGACAAGGAAACUGUGCUAUUAGUUGCACCAAAAUGGCCCAACCAGCCAUGGUUUCCAGAAAUGGAGAUGCUAUGCAGCUCACCAUGGGAAAUACCACAAUUGGCACAAUCUGGCAUCCCCAACCCCAGCUGUAGAACCUGCAUGUAUGGCCCCUGAACGGGGGGCUCUACACACACCAGAGUUACAGACCCCAAAUUUGCUAUGGUUGAUAUAGACUCUCCCCUAUAUCAGUGUGUCUUUCACAACUUUCCUUUGAAAUACAUUCUAAAUUAUAUGUAGUAAUGAAUGAGCUGUCAUUCUAUGUAAGGGUUUGAAGGACGUUUGUACCUUUUCCACAAACUAUAAAGAAGUCAAUGUAUUGUUUAGAAAACUAUUGCUCUUGAUGCUGUGAAAUGCAACACAUUUUGUAUGAAUUAUUUUCUUCUAUAUAAAAUCUUCUGUUUAA